AUGUUUUACUUAGUAGUCUUGUGUGCAAUUGAUGUACCACAACAAUCAAACUCAUCACCUUCUUCUAAUAAACGGUCAAUCCCAACUUCUAAAUCAAAACCAUCUCUGGUUCCCAUUCCCUCAAAAAAGCCAUCAUCUCCGUCACCCAAAGAUAAAUUACCACUCCAAGAGAUAAAAUCACCUCCUGUUUACUCUCCACCACCCCCGGUUCUAACCCAUGAAAGUAAAUCCCCUGUAAAAAGGAUGAGACCGCCUCCUAUACAUUAUCCCGUACCAACUGUAAGCUCUCCAAUACCACCACCACCAGUUCACUUCUCGACACCACCAACAAUUCACUCCUCACCGCCCUCAAGAAAAUCUCCUGUCCAAGAAAAGAGAUCAAUUAAUCUUAAUUCCCCACCAUCGGUUCCAAUGCCUAAAAGUAAAUCCUCUGUAGAAAAGACAAUAUCACCUCAUGUAUACUCUCCACCACCACAUGUAUACUCUCCUCCACCGCCUAUUCACUCUCCCCCACCGCCUAUUCAUUCUCCGCCACCCCCAGUUCAUUUUCCCCCACCACUAGUUCACUCUCCUCCUCCACCAAUUUACUCACCACCACCACCACCAGUUUACUCACCUCCACCACCAGUUUACUCACCGCCACCACCAGUUCACCCUCCUCCACAACCAAUCUCUCACUCACCCCCACCACCUGCAUCCUCCCCACCACCACCUAUGAGAUCUCCUCCACCAAUCCCAUUACCAGAUGUAAUCCUACCACCAGAUUUAGGCUUUGCUUAUUCAUCGCCUCUCCCACCCGUGUUCCCAGGUUACUAA